UAAAACGUCUAAUUUGUUUGAUUUGACUUAAAUCCCAAAAUUUGAAUAGAAUUUCUCUUGUUUUGUCUUGUGCGGUGUAAUUAUUAUAAACCGAAUACUUCUACCGUAUAGAUAUUUCAUAAUCAAAAUGAUACACGAUGCUUUAUUCGUUUUGUGGGAUUGCUCACAGGGAGAAGUAUCAUCGACUGAGCCAGUUUUAUAUGCCAAUGAAGGAGAUGCAGAAAUUUAUAGUAGAAUAUGUUCAAUUGCAAAAAGUCAUCACAGAAUUCAAAAUUUUAUUGCAGCUACAUCUUUUCAUUCAAGAAAAUUGCAAACAGCAUCCAACAUAAGAAACUUUGGCUUAUAUGGCCAAGCAUUGAGUGAGGGUAUUACUGAAGUAUUACAAUCAUAUAAAAAAGCUUUGGUAAAGGUUGAGAAGUUGGUUAUUGGAAAUAAAGACUACACAUUAACAUUUGUGUAUAGCUAUGUUGAGAAAUUCCAAGGACUGUUCAAUACAAUUAAUAAGAUAAUUGGCACAAUAAAAGAAAGAAGGCUAAGUGGCUGUGAAAUUUUAAGUUUAACACAUCAGAAUAUAUUGAACGGAAAUGAAAUGGUCCAUAGUGCAAUACUAAGGAUAUUCUCUUGUAUUAACAAUGUAUUUAUAAAUCAACUCUGCGCAUGGCUACUUUAUGGAGAACUAAAGGAUCCAUAUGAAGAAUUUUUCAUUUACCGAAAUAAGAAGGAUGAUUUGUCGGAGACAGUGCUUUCAACACCAUCCAUUCCAAAUACUUGCGAUAAAACACUUGUUACCACAUUACAACAAACUUCACUGGACUGCGGAUAUAACAUAAAUCCUGGUAUGAUACCAUACUUUAUGCCAUUAUCACUGGCUCAAGAAAUAUUAUUUAUUGGCAAGACUGUUAUACUCUUUGGUUUUGAUCCCAGGAAAGUAAAGAAAAGCAAUAUUACAUUAAACAGCACCUUAAUGCCAUUACAUAAACUUGAUUAUGAUUCAAGAAGGUUCACUAUUUGGGAAGAGAAAGAGUCAGAAUUUCAUAGUAAGCUUCAGCAACUCAAAGAACCAGAAGUCUUCGAAGUUUACAAUCUGAGAUGUGUUGUUAGAGAGAUAAAAGAAUGUGUUACAAAGCACUUAUGGACAGUGGCGGUGGAAGAAGCACAUUUAUUACAUGAGCUACGCCUCAUGAAGGAUUUCUAUCUCUUAGGACGUGGUGAACUGUUUCUUGAAUUAUUACGUCUCACCGCUCACAUGUUGGACAAGCCAACUACACGAACCUCUACAAGAGACAUGAAUCACGCGUUCCAGUUAGCUGCGAGAGCUGUGUUCCUAAGCAACAGUGCUGAUAUAGAAAAAUUCAGUUUCGAACUGCCCUACGUCAAACCAAUAGCCGAUGCGACUGCCAAUUCUUCUCUCGAUGAUGACAGUAGUGUUGUUGCAGAUGGCUGGUCCACUAUAAUCUUAAAGUACGAUUUCAAGUGGCCUCUACACUUGCUGUUCGCACCUGAGGUGCUCGCGCGGUACAACGACAUGUUCCGGCUGCUUCUCAGGAUAAAAAAGACACAGCAUGAUCUACACGCUCUGUGGAAAACGUACAAACAGUCGAGGAGGUUUGCUGUAUGCCAAUUGCAUAAUAAACUUAUGUUUCUUAUGGACAAUCUGCAACAUUAUUUGCAAGCAGAUGUAUUGGAGAGUAAUUUCUCUAGACUCAUGGAUGCUGUUAACAAAACCAAUGAUUUCGAAAAACUCAAAGAAGCCCACGCUACAUUUCUUGCUGAUAUACUGAGUCAGUCGUUUUUAACAACAACAACAUCAGAACGAUCAGAAGGUGAUUCUUCCGGUGACGGUGUAGACAUGAUCACAAACCCAGUAUUUGUCAAUAUCAUGGAUCUAUUGAAGUUGUGCGACUCGUUUUGCAGCAUGAGCGAAUUUGCAUCAGACAGGGAAGCGGAGGAUUACUAUAUAAAGGGUUAUUCCGAUAGGUUCAACAAGCUGGUAAAGCAGCUGACCCAGCUGUUGGUGUGCUUGCGGGACCGAGCUUGCGGUGCGUAUCUCGCACGUCUACUGAUGCGGCUGGACUACAACCGCUGGCUGAGCGCUGAGGCGGAACUCACCCGGUCUCUUACGCAUAUGUUACGGUGUUGACGUCUGAUGUACGCACACGCAUGUUAUGUAAAAAUAUAUUGCCAGCCAUCUCUCCCCUCGUAAUAAAUGUUAUUGCAUUGGAAUUUCACAGUAAAGGAUUUUUGUGAAACCAAUAUACUGCUUUUCUAAUUUUUUAGUUCCAUAUCUUAAAUUAAUUCCGAAAAGUUUUA